AGAAUCGCUUACAUAUGCAACGGUAUACACUAAUUUGAGCAGAUAUCAAGAUGUGUUCACUAGAGUUCCUCCUUCUUGCAAUUUCGGUGGUGAAGGCUUUCAUAAAUCCGGUCGGCAACGAGCUAAUCUCCAGAAGUUUGGAGGAACCUAACUGCACCUGCCCACUACAGGCUCAACAAGCUUGCCCUGGACACUGUGAAAGUGGAUGGACUUAUUUCAGGAAAACGGAUGCUUGCUUCAAGGUGUUUUACUGGGAAGAUUUUGACGUUGCCGAAAGUAUCUGUGACAUGAAAGGGGGACAUUUGGCUUCUAUCCAUAGCUUUGAAGAAAAUGAAUUUGUAAUUGAGUUGGCGAAGACGGGUGUCAAGGGCGAUAACUAUUUAAAAGGAACCUGGAUAGGCCUGAAACAAGCGAAUUACCCACUUAGCAUGGAAUGGAGCUGGACUGACGGCACAAAAGUUGAUUAUACGCCAUGGUCACCAGGUCAGCCGAAUGACAACAAAGGUGUUUGUGCACAGGUCUUCUGUGACUAUAUGGUCGACGAGAGUCUUGUGUAUCGAAAAUGGAAUGACACAAAAUGCAGUGACAAAAUGAGGACAUUUCUUUGCAAGAAAGCGGCGUUACAUUAGCGCAUUAACAAGCAUUUGCUGUUGUAUAAGACAGGUAUCGAAUGAACAAUCAAAAGUCAAUAAAUGAUG